AUGAAUGAAAAUGAAGAUAUUGAUUCUAAAGAGAGUGGAGAAUAUGAAGAUGACUUUGAAAAGGACCUGGAGUGGUUAAUUAAUGAAAAAGAAAAAAGUGAUGCCAGCAUAAUAGAAAUGGCUUGCAAGAAUGAAGAAGAUAUUAACCAAAAAAUGAAAGAGAAUGAAACAGAAACAGAACAUACCCAACAGCUUUCAGAUCCUGACAUAUCUUCAAAGGAUGAAGUUUCACCAAGAAGAAAUGACUUCAUUUCUGUCCCAAGUAUUCAACCUUUGGAUCCUACAUCAGACACAGAUAGUGAAAACUCUUUCCAGGAUUCCAAACUAGAAAGCCAGAGAGACUUGGAAGAAGAAGAGGAUGAGGAAGUAAGAAGAUAUAUUAUGGAGAAAAUUAUCCAAGCUAACAAGCUUCUACAGAAUCAAGAACCCGUGAAUGAUAAAAGGGAGCGAAAACUUAAAUUCAAGGACAAAUUAGUUGAUCUGGAAGUUCCUCCACUUGAAGACAAUGAUACUAAUAAAAAUUAUAUUGAAAAUGAAAAUAACAUGUCUGGAAAACUGUCUCAGUUAAGUAUUUCCAAUGAAUUAGGGCAAGAAAAUGUGAUCCUGUCACUUCCUGAUGGAAGCAGUGAAGAAAACAAGGAUAGGAAGAUACUGGUAGAGAGAGAUGGGAAGUUUGAACUUCUAAAUUUACAAGACAUUGAAAGUCAGGGUUUUUUGUCCCCCAUUGAUAAUGCUGAUAGUACAGAAAGUGAACCUCAGCAGUUAUCACUUAAAGCUCCUAAUUCAUCUGUCAAUGGUAUCAAGAAAGAAGAGCCUUCAAUAAAGGUUCAAGCUGUUAAUACCAACUCAUCAGCAGGAGAGCCAUUAGCUCAUAUCCCUCAAACACCACCCAACCCCAAGACUCGUCCAUGCUCUGCUGCCCACUUAGAUCGAAAUAAAGGAAAUGGGAAAUUUAAUCACCGGACACAUUCUGCAAAUAUAUCUCCAGUGACCUCAACAUACUGUCUUUCCCCUCGACAGAAAGAACUCCAAAAACAGCUGGAACAAAAGAGAGAAAAGCUAAAGAGAGAGGAAGAACAACGGAAAAUAGAAGAAGAGAAAGAAAAGAAAAAAGAGAAUGAUCUGGUAUUUAAAGCAUGGUUGCAAAAGAAAAGAGAGCAGGUUAUAGAAAUGAGGAGAAUUCAGCGAGCAAAGCAAAUUGAAUACAUGAACAGUAGACAGGUUAACAGAGAUCCACAACAAGCCUUUCGAUUGUGGCUUAAGAAAAAGCAUGAAGAGCAAAUGAAAGAAAGAAAGACAGAAGAACUAAGAAAGCAAGAGGAAUGCUUAUUCUUCCUCAAAGGAACAGAAGGCCGUGAAAGGGCUUUUAAGCAAUGGCUCAGAAGGAAACGGAUAGAAAAAAUAGCAGAGCAACAAGCUGUCAAAGAGAGAGCAAGGCAGCUCCGACUAGAAGCCAGACGUUCUAAACACUUACAGAACCACCUAUAUAACAUGUCAGAGGCCAGAGCAUUUCGUUUUACUGAUUACUACAACUGAAGAGUCUAUUAAAUACUGCAUCCAGCAGCUGCUAUCACCAAAAUUUGGAUAUCAUUUCUAUGGCCCUUGUGAUU